UUGAUGAGCUGUGUGUGAUGCCUCUAGAAACCAAUCAUCAAUAGCUUCUCUUAUAUAGAGAGAGAGUCAAGGACUUGGUACCAACACAUCAGCAUUCACAGCUCUCUUUCAGAAACAAUAAUCACCAAAAAAGAGAGAGAAAAAAAAAACAGAAAACAAUGGCAAGCAAUCUUCAUGUUCGUUCAAACAGUUUGCCAUCUGCAUCUCAUCCAUCCUCCACAAGGGUUCAAGAGGAGCUCAACAAGGUCAAGACUUUUGAAGCAACAUCCACAUCUGCAUCUGCAUUUGGAUUGUCCUUGUUAGAAAAUCUAUACAUUUCCUUGGACGAUCUUCUCAGUGUUUCUUCCACCCAAAAGGCCAUAUUUCAUCAUCAAGGUGAAGAGAUAUUGGAUGGCUCUUUGAGACUUUUGGAUAUAUGUGGAAUCACAAGGGACACAGUGAUGCAGAUCAAGGAAAAUGUACAAUCACUUCACUCUGCUCUCAGAAGGAGAAAGGCAGAUUCAAAUAUUGAAAAGAUUGUAGCAGAAUAUAAUUCAUUCUCAAAGAAGAUGAAGAAAAAUAUCAAGAAGUUGAUCACAUCUUUGAAGCAAUCAGAAAGCAAGUUUGGUGCUUCCUCACUCCUGAAUGAAGAAGUGAUUAGUGUUGUAAGGGAAGUGAUGGUGAUGAACAUGUCUGUCUUUCAAUCCCUUCUCUCAUUCUUGGCUGGUCCUCCUUCAAAAUUAAAGGCAACUAAAUGGAUGAACAAGUUGAUGCAUAAGGGAGAAGUGAGCUCAAAGAAUUCCAAUGAGCUGCAGUGUGUUGAUGAAGCAUUGAACACCGUUUUAAAUGAAGGUGCUAAUGGUUCCAACAUGCAAGUAGCACAUGGAAGAUUGGAUGCUCUGGAAGAUGCCAUUGAAAGCAUUGAAAUUGCUUUGGAGAACUUAUUUAGGCGCUUGGUAAAAACCAGAGCCUCUCUUUUAAACAUUAUGACUCAGUAGAGUCUACUCACUUAUUCUUAUCUCUCUCUAAAUCCUACAAAAGAAUCCCAAUUUUAAGGAUCUCUGGAAGGUUGAAAAUUUUGAUCUCUUUGAUUUGUACAUGUAUAAAAUUCUAUGGUUACAUAAUCAAAUACAAAAGAA